GUUAGGUGGUGGCGCUAUUUCUGUAACUAUGACUUUUUCCAACUGCUCUAAAGCGGAGAAGCAGAAGGUUGUGUUGUGUUCAGCCGACCGUUCUUCCUCGCUCAUACAGUGUUGCUGGAGGAACAGAAGCAAGAGCUGAGCUAUUGAAGAAAUAAAUGACAUCCUGCUUCAAGACUUCUCCUGCUCCUAGUGACCACUUUCACAAUUUCAACAAAUUUGCAUCUUCAAACACAUCAGAACAUUACAGCAAGAGUAAUGUUAAGCUGCUGAAACAGAUAAAACAUAAAACUAUGUCCAGAAGAAGCUCCAGUACUCAGCAAAUGUCAUCUGGUCCCCUGCACAAGAGCACAUCUCACAGACAAACACAGAAACGCAGCAAGAAGAGAACUCACUACUGCUCAGAGUGUGGAAAAAGUUUUAUUCAUUAUAGUUAUUUCCAACGACACCAGCGCAUUCACACAGGAGAGAAGCCAUAUCACUGCUCAGAGUGUGGGAAGAGCUUCAGUCAAGAGACUCACCUCAAACAACACCAGCGCAUUCACACAGGAAUUAAACCACAUCAUUGCUCAGAGUGUGGGAAGAGUUUUGCUCAGCAGAGUGCUCUCCAGCAACACCAGCGCAUUCACACUGGAGAAAAGCCAUAUCAUUGCACAGAGUGUGGCAAGAGUUUUAAUCAACUGAGUAAUCUCCAACAGCACCAGCUCAUUCACACAGGAGAGAAGCCGUAUCACUGCUCAGAGUGUGGGAAGAGUUUUACUGUACAGAGUAAUCUCAAAACACACCAGCGCAUUCACACAGGAGAGAAGCCAUAUUACUGCUCAGAGUGUGGGAAGAGUUUUACUCUACAGAGUACUUUCCAAAAACACCAGCGCAUUCAUACAGGAGAGAAGCCAUAUCACUGCUCAGAAUGUGGGAAGAGUUUUAAUCAACAGAGUACACUCCAAAAACACCAGCGCAUUCACACAGGAGAGAAGCCGUAUCACUGCUCAGAGUGUGGGAGAAGAUUUAAUCAACAGAGUACUCUCCGAAAACACCAGCUCAUUCACACGGGAGAAAAGCCACAUCACUGCUCAGAAUGUGGAAAAGAUUUUACUUUACAGAGUACUCUCCAACAGCACCAGCGCAUUCACACAGGAGAGAAGCCAUAUUACUGCUCAGAGUGUGGGAAGAGUUUCAGGCACUUAAAUCCUAUGAAGACACACAAGUGCACUAAGAGUGUCGAUAGAACUCACUACUGCUUGGAGUGUGGAAAGAGUUUUACUGGACAGAGUUCUCUCAAAAGACAUCAGGGUAUUCACACAGGAGAGAAGCCGUAUCACUGCUUAGAGUGUGGGAAGAGUUUUAAUCGUCAGAGUCAUCUCCAAGAACACCAGCGCAUUCACACAGGAGAGAAGCCGUAUCACUGCUUAGAGUGUGGGAAGUGUUUUAAUCGUCAGAGUACUCUUCAACAACACCAGCGCAUUCACACAGGAGAGAAGCCAUAUCGCUGCUCGGAGUGUGGGAAGAGUUUUACUGUACAGAGUCAUCUCCAGCAACACCAGCGCAUUCACACGGGAGAGAAGCCGUAUCACUGCUCAGAGUGUGGAAAGAGUUUUAGUCAACAGAGUAACAUCCAAGAACACCAGCGCAUUCACACAGGAGAGAAGCCGUAUUACUGCUCAGAGUGUGGGAAGAGUUUCAGGCAUUCAAAGACUGUGACGACACAUAGAAUAGGCCAUACUGAGGAGAGAACUCACUGCUGCUCAGAGUGUGGAAAGAGUUUUACUCAACAGAGUACUCUCAAAAGACACCAGCACAUUCACACAGGAGAGAAGCCGUAUCACUGCUUAGAGUGUGGAAAGAGUUUUACUCGACAGAGUGCUCUCAAAAGACACCAGCACAUUCACACAGGAGAGAAGCUGUAUCACUGCUUAGAAUGUGGGAAGCGUUUUAAUCGUCAGAGUAAUCUCCAAGAACACUGGCGCAGUCACACAAGAGAGAAGCUGUAUCACUGCUCAGAGUGUGGGAAGAGUUUCAGUCGUCAGAGUCAUCUCCAGCAACAUCAGCGCAUUCACACUGGAGAGAAACCAUAUUACUGCACAGAGUGUGGGAAGAGUUUUAAUCAACAGAUUCAUCUCCAACAACACCAGCGCAUUCACACAGGAGAGAAGCCGUAUCACUGCUUGGAGUGUGGAAAGAGUUUUAAUCGUCAGAGUUCUCUCCAACAACACCAGCGCCUUCACACAGGAGAAAAGCCAUAUCACUGCUCAGAGUGUGGGAAAAGUUUUACUGUACAGAGUCAUCUUCAGCAACACCAGCGCAUUCACACAGGAGAGAAGCCAUAUUACUGUUCAGAGUGUGGGAAGAAUUUUAGGCAUUCAAAUACUAGUACUCUCAAAAGACACCAGCGCAUUCACACAGGAGAGAAGCCGUAUUACUGCUCAGAGUGUGGGAAGAGUUUUACUAGACGGAGUGCUCUCAAAAGACACCAGCACAUUCACACAGGAGAGCUGUAUCACUGCUCAGAGUGUGGGAAGACUUUUAAUCAUCAGAGUCAUUUCCAAGAACACCAGCGCAUCCACACAGGAGAGAAACCGUAUCACUGCUCACAGUGUGGGAAGAGUUUUAAUUGUCAGAGUCAUCUCCAACAACACCAGCGCAUCCACACAGGAGAGAAACCGUAUCACUGCUUCGAGUGUGGGAAGAGUUUUAAUCAACAGAUUCAUCUCCAACAACACCAGCGCAUCCACACAGGAGAGAAGCCGUAUCACUGCUCAGAGUGUGGGAAGAGUUUUAAUCGUCACAGUUCUCUCCAACAACACCAGCGCAUCCACACAGGAGAGAAACCGUAUCACUGCUCAGAGUGUGGGAAGAGUUUUAGUCAACAGAUUCAUCUCAGACAACACUUGCGCAUUCACAAAGGAGAGAAGCCGUAUCACUGCUCAGAGUGCGGGAAGAGUUUCACUGUACAGAGUAAUCUCCAACAACACCAGCGCAUUCACACAGGAGAGAAGCCGUAUUACUGUUCAGAGUGCGGGAAGAAUUUUAGGCAUUCAAAUACUGUGACGACACAUAAGUGCACUAAGAGCAGUGGUGAAAUGGGCAGUAAUGAAUGUAACUUUAACGCAUUUCAGGAGUAAAUGUCUCCAGGUAAUGGUGCUGUCAGUCCAGAUUUAAUAACUGUUAAUAGGGGAAAACCACCUAGUGUUUUAUGCUGUUCCUAAAACAUGAGCAUGAAAUGAAAUAUAAUUUUCUGUGCUGAAGUCAAGUCUGGGCAGAACUGCUUAACAGUGGCGACACUGGAGUAUGAAGGACUGCAACACUUCAAGAUAUCUGAGAGAUGUACUGGUGACCUCUCCUCAGUAUGGCCUUCCUAUGCCUGUUCUAUACGGCAUUAAGUUGCCUUCAGGCAAGACUACAUCUCAAUUUUUCAUUACUGUUCUCAGAGACUUUAAGGAUUAUUGAUGUUCUUUGUGUUGCUUGAAGAGUGAUUGUUCAUGAAGAAGUGUGAUGUGACAUGAGAUAAGGACUUUUUUGCCAAUUUCUAAUCUGUACUACCAGACAUGGUGGCAGCUGUGCAUUAAAUUAAACCUGAUUGCUCUGUUAAAACAAGCACGUGUCUACCUGAUCCACCACUAAACUUGCGCUAAACUGGAUGUACUGUCAAAUUGCACGUUUUAAUGUUGUUUAAAUUCUUUUCGCUAAUAUUGCCUAUACUAGUGCUGGCCAGUUAAGUUGGGACAUCCCCUUCCCCUUUUUCCUCUUAAGUCUCCUCCCCUUCCCUGCCUCCUCCCUUUUGACUUCUGUUUCAUAUAAGGAGGUAGAUAUCAGAUGUGCCUUUAUCAAUGUGUCAGAUGUGAUCUUUAUUAAUCCUACAUUUUCAGUACAUGAAAAAUCACCAGGUUUAUACAUAUAUGUAUGUUCCUGGGUUCAUUACCAGCAAUUGUGCUGUAUCAUUUGUUGCUAAUGGUCCAUUUUAGAGCGAAUUACUUAUGCACAUAUUGCUAACAUCACACAGCAUGAUCCACGCACUAUAAUAGUCAGCUAAGCUUAUUCUUUUAUGUUUUUUUCAUAUGAGGUGAGGAAGGGAGAAAAGAAGCAGGGGUUUGCUAACCUAUAGUAAAGUCUGUAUGUAACAUAACGUAAUAUAUUGUCUUCUUUGCAUGUCUCAACACAGUCAUUGUAUUAAACCAACGACAACAAUGUGGCAAUAAUUCCUGGAUCCUCAGGCUUUUCUAGCUCUUUGGAUCUCAGUGCAAGGUUUCACUAUGAAGUACACAAGGACGGUCUUCUGCUGCUCCAUCGUUUCAAAGGUAAAUUUUGUUUAGCUUUUUACUUUUAUAAUGGUAUUUGUUUCCAAGUGUAACUACAGUCUGAGAAAAAUCAGCAGUAAUAUGAAUCAUUACACCACAAGUCACCUAGGGCCUGCCCAGUCAUUUAAUUGAUUUCCAUGAAAAAAAUUCAAAUAAAAACCUUAAAUUUAAUGAUGAAAUUUCAAUAGUGUACUCAGUUUACACUCUGGAUCACAUGUUAAAUAUGGAGUGUAACUGCUUGUAGAACAAGUCAACUCAGCUGAAAUAUCAACUAGGUAUAAAUACAACACUAAGAAUAAUAUUUCACUUUAAAUCAACUGGUUUUAUUUUAAUAAAUGUCUAAGGUUAAUUUAUUGGAGGAUAUACUUUAGUCAAUGUGUGACCUUUUUCUUUGAAAUUUAAUCUUUCAGACAGUUAAAAAAUAUAUGGUUUAUGUUUAUCAUUUCUGUCAAAUUUAUGAAUUGGUAAUCUGUGUGCAAUGACAGAAGGCCAAAAUGGCUUCAUAACUAAAAAUUUUAUAGGCCAUUUUAACACCAUAUUUUCUCAAAACGACUAAUUCUGUUUUCUUCAAAUCUUUUCCUGAAUAAGGAAUAUGUCCCAUUAACAUAUAAGAUACAGAUAUACCAUGAGUCUUUCAUGAUUUAGUCUUUUUUAAACAUGAUAGUUUUCUAAGAAGCAUGGUAAAAAUUAAUAGUACAAAUGAAAAUAGAAAAACAAUGAACUUUCCUAAUAACCUUUAUAAUGCUGCAGAGUAUAUAAAGUCUGUAUCCUUUUUGAAAUGUGAUUUGUUGUUCUGUUUCUUGCUUUUUGGACAGCAAGACAUGCAUCUUGACAUGA